GUUCGAAGCCCAAAGCCAAUCAGUUGCGAGCGUGGUCAGAAGCGCUGGACCACCGUUAGAUCCCGCUCUGCCAUGCUCUGCUCCGCCACGCCCUGGCGCGACGCGGACUUGCCGGCCGCGGCGGAGGGUGCGGAGGCCCCGGUGGUGCCGUGGCCCGAGGAGGAGCUGCAACGGCGGGUGGAGGAGUGCGUCUCGGAGCGGCUGAGGGAUCUAGAACAGCGGCUGGCUUUGUUGGAGCAAGAUGCAAGGACCAAGGAUGCCCGAGUGGAAGGCGAGCUGAGGAGUUCCGUGCUGCGGGCUUCGGAAGCCUUUCUGUCGGUGCAGCCGCCUCCUCCAGUGCCUCGCUUGCCUUUCAGUCGGCAUGAGCAGCUUGAACUCUCCACGGCACCAGAGAAGACUGUGGACGAGAAGGGAUGCGCAGCUGAGUACAGGUUUGAAGCCUGCGUGUGGGAUUCCAGUGUGCUGGUGGGCCUUGGGGUUCUGUCAUGGCAGGAGAGCCUUUCAGUGGUGCUGUGUGGACUUUGGUCGGUGUUGGUGGAGGGCUUUUUCGUACUCAUCCUGUGCGACAACAUGACGGACACCGUCUUUGAGGAUUCCCUGGCGCAGGAGAUGAAGGAGUGGCGGGUGCAGUUUGGUCAGAACCUCAACUAUGUCGAUGCCGCGACCGGGCAGCCGCUGAUCAUGGGCGUUUGUUCGAUGUCCAACUCCUUGUUGAAUGGGGUUGUCCAGGCAGAGAUCUACGAGACCAUGUUCAAGUAUGGCAUCCGAGAAGCGGGCAAUGAGGACCUCAGGUGGCCGCUGCUCCCUGUGGGUGCCUGGCUUGCAUUGAUUGCCCUGCUGGUCUGGAUUUUCACAGUGAUCAAGGACAUGCUUUGCGCCUUCAGCUUUGGCAUCGCUUUGACUUCCUUGCCGAGUGGGGACACGACACAUCGCUCCGGCCAGACUCUGCUGUCCGGCGUGAGCCGCUUGCGGAUGCUCCUGCUCUUCGUGUUGAACAUUUUACCACGCUUGUGCAUUGCCCUUGUUCUUGGAAUCAUUGGGGUGCACUUUCUGGCGAGCACCACUUCUGUAUCGGACCUCAUCCUGAACGCCGUGGCUUUGGAAGUCGUCCUAUGCAUCGACGAUCUUUUCUUUGCGGUGCUCGUGCCGCGGCGCGUGCAUGAGACGGUCAAGUCGCUCAAGCCUCUUCCGGUCACCCUGCGGACGCCCUUCCUGCACGCCCGGCAGGGCUUGAUCUUCAUGCUCUCUUUGGCCAGCUUGGCGGCUGCGCAUGUGGUGUAUUUGCAGCCGGUGGUCGACAAUAUGCAGAUGACAGCGGACGCCCUGUGCGCGGGAGUCACCAACUUCACUACGUUUCAGGAUGCCGCAGGCUUGGUCUUCCUGUUGGAUGGUCCAGCUCCCCCUGCCGAUGACCACAGCAGCUAUGCGUACCGUGCUGUGCUGCAAGCGACUGGCCUUGAGGAAGUUCAUCCUGAGCCCUUGGCUGCUCGGGUGCAGAAUGCCGCACUUCGGGGCUUGGCGAUGCAGCUGAAGUCGAUGACCUUCGAGGAGCGCAACGAGUUUUGGCCAUUGUGCAGGGACAUGGACAGCGAGGUCUAUGAGGGAUUUGGCUUGAUGCACAUGAGGUCAGCCACUGCAGAGAACCUGAACAGACUAUUUCCUGAUGCCGACCUGGCCGGCCUUGAAAGAAGCUGCUGGUCUUUCAGAAACUAUUGCUUCAAUGGCACUUUACCCUUGCAGAGCCUUUGGCAUUUGCGAGCCCUGUGCCCGGUGACCUGUGGCUGUGCCAGCUUGGAGGGAAGCUUCGUUGCAAAUCUUCCUUCCUUUGGCUGCCCCCAGGUUUGCAAGUCUGUGUUCCAACGGUCUGUGGCAAACCUCACCUGUGCCGACCGAGAUGGAGAGGAUUCCAUCUUCAAGAGGUACACGAGAGGCUUGGCGCAGCGGAAGGGCUUUGUCGGCAACGUGAGCCGCUGCUCGGACUUCGCAGUGCCGGUGGUCAUCGAUGGAAGUCCCUUCAACUUCUGCACGCAGAGCUCCGAGCUUCGAAAGAUGGGCUUUCAGUCUGCUGAGUUGCUUUGUCCCGAGACCUGCGCUUGCUCCUCCUCACCGAGCUUGGAGUGUCCGACGUCGUGCCGAUGAAGCGAAGCGGUGGGACACACGGGACUCGGGCGCCAGAAAGCCAUGCAUGGGAAUUCAGUGUCCAUGAAAGGACUGCCUUGGCACAGGGUUCUUGUACUUGGCCAGACCUUGUGCAUUGCCCAUUGGCUCCACAAAGUGGGGGCCACGGGUGCUGUCAAUGACCGAAGCAGAAGCUUCAGCUUCUUUGAAAGCCAAUGGGCGAGAAUCUCCCCGUUGUUGGGCUCCUGUGAGCUGAAUAUGGUGUGAAGCAGGGAGGCACUGUUUGAUAUCCUCAGUUUUUGUACUGAGACGCUACGAUUUCUUCAGCCGUCCGCAUUCCUGCACUGGCCUUGACCACAAGCCGUGUCCUGCAG